UUUUCUCGGAGGAAGAGAGAGAUGGGUUUUGCAUCUUUUGUUGUUCUGGCCAUCGUGGCCGAGCUCUGCUCUGGAAAUCAUGGAUACUUUCCCUCGAAGAUGUCGUUCGGGAAAGCAGGGUAUUAUCAAUAUCCAACUGCCUAUCACGGAUCUACGGCUGCCUGCGUGGGACAGUUCUACUGCAAGAACACACAGUCCAGUAGUGGUAUCAGUUGGAUGCAACCAUCGAGCCAGCCCGAGUGCGUGAACAAAAUGAAAAUAUGUGAUGGUAUGAUGGACUGCAGUAACGGGGCCGACGAAAAGGGCUGCCCUCCCCAGUGCGCCAAGAUGGGAAUGAUCAGUUGCAGGGAUCGAAAGAACUGUGGUAGUCUUUGUGACGGAGUUCCUGAUUGUCACGACAUGGACGAUGAAAGGCACUGUCCUGCCGGUUGCUUCUGCCCCGAAAACCACUACCUUUGCAAGGAUAUGAAGACCUGCGUAUCGAAGAAGCAACUCUGUGACGGCAACAAUGACUGCCCCGCGUGCGACGACGAAGACGAUUGCCCCGCAGAAUGCAAGUGUGGAGAACGAUCCUAUCUGUGCAUGGGGAAGGGGAAAUGUAUCAACAUCAAACAGGUCUGUGACGGCGAUAAUGACUGCCCGAUGAACGAGGAUGAAACCUGUCGUAGUGGGUGCCAAUGUAAGCAGGGUGAAUAUCAGUGCGACGAAGGAACAGUCUGCAUUCAGAACGAGCAGUUGUGCGAAGGAAGUGCGGAAGCACAAUGUCCGAAUGCUGAUGACGAAGACCCCUUAAUUUGUAUCUGAGAGUGAAACUUGUAACUUACAUAGCCAAGCCCGUUUGAAUAAAUUCAACAUUUCUUUCGUUAAUAAACAAUUAUCUUUCUUGAA